ACCCAUUUCUCCAACACUCAAGACACUCCCUUUUAAUUGAAAUCAUAAACUUCAAUUUCCUCAUUCUUCCAUAACCAAACCCUCUUCUUCUUCUUCUUCAUCAUGGCAUCGAGAGUAGUGUUAUUGUUGGCUAUGUGUGUGCUGCCGGCGAUGGUUGUGGCCAUUCGCCCUGCCAAGAACCCCUUUAGCGUCAAGGGUCGCGUCUACUGUGACCCUUGCCGUGCUGGUUUUGAGACCCCUGCAACCACCUACAUUGCUGGUGCGGAGGUUAUGUUGCAAUGCAAGAGCAGGGUUAGCAACGAGGUUGUGUACACAAAGAAGGGGUGGACCGACUCAACAGGAACAUACACAAUAAAUGUGGAUGAGGAUCACGCAGAUCAAGUCUGCAAUGCCAAGCUUGUAAGCAGCCCUCACCCACAAUGCAAGCACGCCACCCCAGGCCGUGAUGAAGCCCUUGUUAUUCUCACCCGCUACAAUGGCAUUGCCACAGAUAAUAGGUUUGCCAAUGCCAUGGGCUUCAUGUCACAGGAUGUUGCAUCUGGCUGUGCUGAGAUCCUCAAGCAAUACCAGGAGUUCGACAAUGAGAAUUAAUUUAUCUACUUUCGAUUUCGGUUUCCUAAUGUGUAUUUAAUUCAAUCUUGAUGUGGAGUGUUAUCUCGACAUUUUCAUAUUAUGUUAUAUGUUAAUGGACCCUGCUAAAUUAUAUUAUUACAUCAAGAUCUGUCCUGGACUUGAGGAUGCUUAUUGUAGUUUAUUUUGUGUUGUUAUAAUAAGCUAUUCUUUUAUAUUUGCAUUCA